AUGUUGCUCACUUCUCGCUUUUUUCUUUGCGUGACAUCUUUCCUCCCCUUUUACCCUCAAAUGGAGCGAGGAGAUCGAGGCGGUUUUAGGGGCGGUUUUGGUGCCACAGGUCGUGGGAGGAGGCGAUCUCGAUUCCGUGAUAGGGGAAGAUUAGCCCGUGGAGCCAAGGAGGCUGCUGAAUGGAAGCCCGUUACACAUCUCGGGCGCCUUGUGCUCGACAAGAAAGUUACAAGCAUAGAGGAAAUAUAUCUAUUCAGCUUGCCUAUCAAAGAGUCCCAAAUCGUUGAUUUUCUACUUGGAAGCAAUUUAAAGGAUGAAGUCCUCAAGAUAAUGCCCGUGCAAAAGCAAACUUGUGCCGGUCAACGCACUAGGUUUAAGGCAAUUGUUGCUAUGGGUGAUUCAAACGGCCACGUUGGUCUUGGGGUAAAGUGUGCUAAAGAGGUUGCAACAGCGAUAAGAGGUGCCAUCAUACAAGCCAAGCUUUCCAUAAUUCCUGUGCGUAAAGGCUAUUGGGGAAAUAAAAUAGGCAAGCCCCACACUGUGCCCUGCAAGGUCACGGGAAAAUGUGGUUCUGUUGUUGUUCGUCUCAUCCCUGCUCCCCGUGGCACUGGGAUAGUCAGUGCCCCUGUACCUAAGAAGCUGCUCAAUAUGGCAGGGAUAGAAGAUGUGUACACGAGUGCCUCCGGACAGACGGCUACUUUGGGGAACUUUGGUACACUUGCUUUCUUAAUUGUUAUUCUUUUAGCAAAAGCAACCUAUUAUGCGAUUCGUGCGACAUAUGAAUAUCUGACGCCAGACUUAUGGACCGUAAAAUCCAACCAGGCGCAUUUGUUUGUUGAGCAUGCUGAUCACCUGAGCAGAGUAGCUAAAGUUCAAUAA